GAUGUCAACAGAAAUCUUUUCUUCAUGCAUUGCAUAUCUGAUCGAAAAUUGUACUGGUGUUGUAUUAAUUAAACAAUUUGAAGGCACGUCGAUGCAAUCAUCUGAGUUGCGAGAGGCUUUGAUUGACAGCCAAGUUUAUGAGCAUUCCAAUGAAUUGGAGGAGUUCAUCAGAUUUGACCCCAGCGACACCAUAUUCCAAGAAUUUGACCCUCCAGAACACCUAGAAUCCGAUCCUAAAGGAUGGAGAAAAAGCUUGCCAACGUUAAAGAAAUCUCUUUGGGAGUGUCUUAAAAGUGUGCUUCUUAUUCAAACAGUGGCUGGUAGUCUCAUCGGCUUGCUUGCUGUUGGUUUCGUAUUCCUCAACUUCGUCACUGUAGAAUGGUGUAACGAAGACACCCCACACUGGAACAGAAUGCCAAUAAAAGUCCAACGUCUUCGAGUUACAGCAGAGUCUAUUGAAGGUUUUUUUAUCCAAAUGUGGGACUUCUUUUGUAUAUUGCUCCUGUUUCCUUUGCCUUUGGUCAACAACCUUCAUCUUUUGACGUUAAACUUGUUGGGGUCAUUCAUUGACAUAACUUUCAAGCUUUUCUUACAGUUGUAUGGUAUCUACAGGAUUCAUUGGAUGUCAUUUCCUCUAAACGUGUUGUUUUGCCUGCUAAUAGUUAUCAAUAACUAUCUUUUAGCCCGCCACUUUUGUCCUCAUUCUUUCAAGAACGCUGUAAGAAUAGACUUUAUCCUUUCUGCACAGUUCCUUCUAGGAAUUCCAGUGGCACUUUUCUUGGUUUAUAAACUGUUUCCAUUAUACGUUGGGCAAGUGGCUCAAACGAAACUCAUCCUGGCUGGACUAUGUCCUCUGAUUUCAGCCUUCCCUAAGGUAGUGUGUCGGUUUUGUGCUCAGAGCUUAAAAGGUAUCAUCCAUCCUGGAACAGCUCAUGUUCUCGUUGCCGUGAUCUAUGGAGCUUCUGCAGUUGUGUUUCGUGUGAUGCAAGCAGAACUGACGAGCCUUGGUCUCUUUAUAACUCUGGGAAUAGCCCAUGCCGUCAUGGAUCUUCUAGAGAGGAUUACUAUUACAAUGAGAGAUCAUAUCUGGGAGUAUUUGUAUCGCUUGGUGCGACGACAGAGAAGUAGACGACCAAAGUACAUCAGCCCAAGAAGCAGGCGUUUUAUUGCAGAUGUGAGCAUCCAGAUUAUGAUGCAAGAGGCCACUGCUAUGAUCACUGCAUUAGGAUUCAUCAAUAUUUACCAAUUUUUAUACAGUGAUCCCAAACCUUUCUCUAAUUAUCACCUUAUAGCUGACUUCUUUAUCCGUGCAGCCAUUGGCUUAUUCAUUGACUUGGUUUUUAAUGUAAUUUCUCUCUUCAUCCAAACUCGUGUCAUGAAUGUUGCGGUCAACAGAGUUUGGAAAAAGAAAUGGCGUUACCACAUGUUAGUCAACGUCCUGCUCAUUUCUGUUUCGGUUCUAUAUUUCAGUGGCCAUAUGUAUGAGAUAGUCAGGAGUAAGUAUGAAAAAACUGGAGCUAGGGUAUCGCCAUAUUCAUCGAAUUGUUCCUUUCCCAGCUUCUUUUGAAUUUAAGUCUUAGCUUCAUAUGUUACAUAUAUUUGCCAUUGAAUUUUACUCACGGAUCAAGACUUGACAAAUACUUGAGACUAAGUUUCAAUACAGUUCAAAGAAUGAAAUGGCUAUUUCGACCUAUAAAGCCAUUUUAAAAAGUUUAAGUGAAGUAAGCGAGUGUUCGUGGCUGAGAUAAUGAAUCAAUGUCUUCGCAUUAGUUCUGACAUCUAAUAGGCCCUUUACAGUUAACGGUCACGUGUCUGUACUGGU